AUGGACUGGGACGAAGAAUAUGAGCUCAUCAAGUCCGGUCGAGCAGUGCCGCAAGCAGGCCCUUCAUUCGCCGCCCGGGACGACGAUGAAGAUAACAUUUUCAACGAUGAUAAUGGCCGUGCCUCUAACGCACGACAACAACGUACUCCUGCUCCUGCUCCAGCCCAGCCUGAUAGAGAACCAGACUUUUACCCGGAAGAAGCAGAACAGAAUACACCGCUCGAGCAGCUGACACGCCACUGGCUGAACGAGCGACACGCACCAGACAUCCUCCCUGCGCAGGAGGAUUUGCUAAUGAAUCUGCUGGACCAUCUAAGACGGCAGUCAGAAGCCGUGCAGUUGUUACGCGAGGAUCCAUCCACAUCGGAGGAGGAGCAUAUGCGGAUUAUGCUUGUCCAGACGGAAGUUGAGCGGGUGAAGUUUAUUGUGCGCUCAUAUGUUCGGACGCGGCUGUUCAAAAUCGAACGUUAUGCUCGUUUUAUAGUAACGAACGCAGAUAUACAAACGCGACUAACAGCUGCUGAAAGAGAUCAUGCUAGUCGGCAUGCUAAACUAACAGACCAACAUUUUUAUGUGUCUGUGUUGCAGGGCUUACCUGAAAAACAGUCCCAUCUGGAUGACACACCUCUGUUUGUGCCUCCCAUGAUUACCGAGCCGGACAAAUCGCGCCCUGUCUUCGUGCAUGCACGACAGCGCUGUCCAAGAAUACGUCUUCCAGAUGGUGCUACACUGGACAUGGAAAAAGGGCAUAUAUCUCUGAUGCCAUAUGCCAUUGUUGAAGAACUCGUAGCCAGAGGGGAUGUUGAAUUGAUAUGA